AUGCAUUCUCAAGUUCCACCUGUUAUCCACAGGGAUUUAAAGAUAGAAAAUUUAUUAAUUAGCAAUGAUAACACAAUAAAACUUUGUGACUUUGGAAGUUGUACACUUAAAGUGCAUCAACCUGAUUCAUUAUGGUCUGCUGGUCAGCAUUCAUUAUUAGAAGAUGAUAUGGCUAAAUUUACUACUCCUAUGUAUAGGGCUCCUGAGAUGAUAGAUACUUGGAAUAACUAUCCUAUAGGUACACCCUGUGACAUUUGGGCCCUAGGCUGUAUUCUGUAUACCCUGUGCUUUAUGACUCAUCCUUUUAGCGAUUCAGCCAAAUUAAAAAUACUUAAUGCAAAUUGCAAUAUUCCUUCUGGUGAUUCAAAAUAUUCUCCUUUUUAUGAUCUCAUUAGAGGAUGUCUGCAAGUGAAUCCUGAAACGAGGUUAUCAGUUAAUGACUUGUUGGAGAGGCUGGCUUCGAUAAGUGAAUGUAACAAUUUUAAAUUAACAGAAUCAUUAAAUUUGGAAGCUUUUGUAGUACCUAGUGACCCAACUAAAUCAAUAAAAACAACAAAGCCACCUGCACCCAUGACACAUUCUACUAAUUUAAGCUCUUCUCAAGUUUCAGAGUCUCCUCGUCAUAUGAGAAGCCACCCUGUUAAGCCAGAGAGUGGUUUGUUUUCCACUAUAAAAGUGGCGCGGGAUCUUUUUGAAAAUUUAAAGGACACUAGUAUAAAGUUAUGCAAACGGUACAGCAGUAAGACCAUAACCAGGUCUGAUCUCGACAUUUCUUAUGUAACUUCAAGAAUCAUAAUAAUGCCAUUUCCUGCAGACGGUAUUGAAUCUGCUUAUAAAAGUAAUCAUAUAGAUGACGUAAAAGCAUUUCUCGAUGCAAGGUAUUCCGGUGGAAGGUACACCGUGUACAACUUAUCGGGUAGAAGUUAUCCUCCGAUGAGACUGGGAAUUGGAAGGGUAGUCGAAUGCCCUUUCGGAACCUUUAAAAAAGUUCCAUCACUUCAUGCUUUAUAUAAUCUGUGUUUAGAUGCUAUUAAAUUUUUGGAUAAAAACGAAAAAAACGUUAUAGUUAUACAUUGCACAGAUGGAAAAGCUAGUUCGGCAGUUUUCUUUUGCGCUUUACUAUUGUUCUGUGAAAUUAUGGAAAGAUUUGAAGAUGCUUUACAAAUGUUUGCAGUUAAAAGAGCUCCUCCCGAGUUGCAACCGUCAGAAAUAAGGUAUUUGAGAUAUUUUAGUCAAAUCAUCAAAAAUCCAUCAUCAGUUCAUCCUCACACGCAGCCAGUAACUAUUGUAUCAGUGAUUUUGCAACCGGUCCCACUUUUCACUAAGCUAAGGGAUGGAUGCAGGCCUUAUAUUGAUUUAUAUCAAGGAGAUGAGAAAGUAAAGACUACUCGAGUGGAUUAUGACCGAAUGAGGUUAUUUAACAUAGCCGAAGGAAAAGUUAUAAUUCCUUUAAAUUUAACCGUUUGCGGAGAUAUAACUUUAUCCGUUUUUCACGCGAGGCAAAAUUUGGGUGGAAUGAUGUCUUCGGGAAAACCCACGGGUCAUAAAAUAUGUCAGUUUCAGUUUCACACGGGUUUCAUUCCAGAAGAGGAUACAAGUAUAAAGUUUGCAAAGAACGAGUUGGAUGAUUUAGCCGGAGAAGAACAAUAUCAACAGAAAUUCACCGUCACGGUUAAUAUAUUUGUUUGUGAUUAUUCUCAAGAUUCGCGUCCAACGCCUUGGACUGCGCCAAAAAAAAUAAAUCCCGUUUUGCUGUUUGCUAAUUCACUCGAAAUGGAAGAAACUAUCGAAAGCUUUGUUUUGAAACCGUCGACUUCUCGUAAACCUGAAAAUGUUGCACCAUCAAGACCUCCACCUCCAUCUUUUGUGUUGAAAAAUUCAGAAUUCACUGAUAAUCUUAUACAAUCGGACAAACCAGUGCCAGAAAUCAAGAAUGUGGAUCUAUUAGGUUUAAGUUUGGAUAAUGAAAAUGCAACCGAAAGCAGUACCAGUAGUUCUUUCAAUCCGAGGUUUCACGAGUUAAGCGAUUUAUUCGAUACAAAGUCGGAGAGCAAGAAUCAAAGUAGUGUUAAAAGUGACGUCAUUUUUGAUCCUUUCGGUAGCGAAAAAUCCGUGUCAGCAAACACUUUGGUAUUAACUAUUUGUAAUAAUAAAUUGAAAUGUUUAAUUAAAUUAUUUUUGAUCAUACAAAUACGUUUGCCACAAAAUAAUUUAUUCGUAAAUUCAAGCGGUUUAACAAGGAAUGCGAGCACUCCUAAUUUAGAGCAAAAAAAUAAAGAUCCCUUUGCGGAUCUUGGAAAUUUUGUCUCAAACCUUAACAUUCCCACAAGCAAUUCCAAACCGGUUACACCGAUAAAUGGAUCUCCAAACAUUCAAUCUCCGAUUCAUAAGUUACCGACUCAAACAUUCGGCGUUCCUCAAAACAAUCCAACGACCAAAAGUACUCCAUUGCACAAUGCAAAAUCCGCUACGACGGAAAAUCGCGCUCCCGAUUACAGCAGAUCUCAUUUCGAUUCGGCUUUUACAAAAAAACAAAAUACGGAAAAGGGUGGGAAAACUAGUUCUGACGUUUUCGGAGAUUUGCUAGGGUCACAAGGUUACGAAUUUGCUUCUAAGAAAGACACGGGUCCGAGAACGAUGAACGAAUUAAGGAAAGAGGAUCUCGUAAAAGAAUUAGAUCCCGAUAGGAUGAAGAUUUACGAAUGGACCGAAGGGAAAAAGGGAAACAUUCGAGCAUUGCUUUGUUCGAUAAAUUCUGUCCUUUGGGAGGAUUGCAAAUGGAAAGGUGUCGACAUGUCGCAGUUGGUAUCUUCGUCUGACGUCAAAAAAGCCUACAGGAAAGCAUGUUUGGCAGUUCAUCCGGAUAAGCUCGUCGGAACAGAAUAUGAAAAUAUCGCAAAAUUGAUUUUUGUCGAAUUGAAUAACGCUUGGAGCGAUUUCGAAAACGAUACAAAUCAGCAAAAUUUAUUUUCAAAUUAA